AUGGUCACCGCCGCCCUCUCCGACGCGCUCUCCAACCCGCUCAGCGUGAUCAACGACCUCCAGUCCCAAUCCAAUCCCCACGCACGCAUCACCGCCCACUUCCGUUCCCUCUUUCCUGAUGAUCAAAAGAUCCCAUUGCUUGACGUGCAUCACCCUCCUGCGUCCUACCCCUCUGGCAGCUUGGUGCGCUUCAGGGGUAUGAUACAAGACACGUCCAUAUCUCCGGAGAUAUAUGUCUCCCACCUGGGGUAUGGGCUCGAUAGUUUGCCUGCUGUGAAUGGAGGGUUUGAUAUGGGAGGGAUGAGGGAGGCCUUGGGGGCUGUCGAGUCCGGCGGCGGGGGUGCAGGGCUGGGAGUGGGCAUAGGAGGGAGAGGAACACAGUGGGAGGAGAGAGGUGUCGUCUGGGCAGUGAAUGUACCAGGCGAAAGUGCGUGGGUAGAGAAGUCAACUCCAGGACUAGCAGCAUCACCCCAGCCCACGUUGAUGGCGCACAAGUUUCCCCUCCCCCACACGCCCCAUAUCGGCCUGCUUGUCAAGUCCUACCCUCCGGCAGAGUUCAAGCCCUCCGCCGUACACUCUUUCGUCGGUAUUUUGACUUUCGAGCCUCGGCUCAACCACCUCCACGACGACGAGCAAGAAGCAGAGUUACCAUCCCUGCAUGUGGUAUUCCAUUCCCCUGCACAGGAUACGCUGGUCAAGGCCGUGUAUCCCAUGCCUCCGGCCAGAGGAAGGUCAGGAGCGGAAGUGAAGGAGGAGAUCGUGCGGUACUUGGCUGAAACAACGUUGGGCGGGGACAUGCUAGCAGCGGAGUACGUCCUCUUGUGCUGUAUCGCCCGAGUUCAAUCCCGAACGCCCUUCCUCCCACCUCCCACUCUUCUCCUCUCCCAUUCUUCUCCCACCACCACCGCCGCCCUCCGCUCCUGCCUGGAAGAGCUCUUCCCUAUUGUCGUCCACGUCCCUCUCUCUAUUGCGUACCUGAACGACACUCCUUUCGCACCUUCGUCUUCCGUUAGGGAGGAAGACGAAGAUCUCAGAAGUGGAGUGCUGCAGCUCGCACCGGGGACUGUGGUGCUCGUGGACGAGCAUGGUGUAGGGGAAGGAAAGCUGGGCGACCUGGGGGUGAGGAAUAUCGCUACCAUGCAAGCUACUAUGACAGCGCAGACACUGGCAUAUGCCUUCCCUUUCAGCUCGUACGAGUUUCCUACAGAUCUCUCGUUCGUCGUCCUCUGCUCGGGGCCAAAGAGCCCAUUCUUUACUACGGAUAUCACCCUUCCUCUCCGCCCAGCUUCCAGCAGCCCCACACCUGCCCCAUUAACACCCGACCAAGCAACCGAAUACCGUCUCUGGCUCGCCGGCUGCAAGUCCCAGUCCGCGGGUAAGAACGUACAUAUCGGAAAGGAGAUAGCAGAGUAUAUCCAAGGAGAGUUCGUCAGAGAACGUAAGGAGGGGCUUACAGCCGACGACCUGAGCCUGAGGAUGUCUCUCGCCAAGUUGGAAGCGUAUUUGCGGCAUGAGACGGAGAUUACGAAAGAGGUCUGGGAGUGCGUUGUCGCCCUGGAGAAGGAGAGGAAGUCCGCCUUGGCGUAGAGAUCUCAAUUCAAGCGGGAUUAGUCUGAUUACGGCUCGUUGUAUCUCUAUGCGGUACAUGCAUGUAGUCCAUGAUUCUCUUAUAUUACUGAAAGCC